AAACAAAUGUUUAAACAGCUCUGUUCAACUUGUAAUAAACGUUUUUACAGAUUCAAAAUGCAACCUUAUUACUCUUGGGAAUUCUCAUUGUAAAUAAUAGGAAACAUAAGCGGAAAGCCGAUAAAUUCCACAUCGUGUUCUCGUGGUAAUGUAAAUACACAUUUGACAAGCAUAGGAAAUAUAAGUUUGGCGUCAAGCUGCUUUAGUUGCACAUGGAGCUGUUUUGAUGAUCCUUCCGCGAAAUUGUUUGGUCAGCGUUUAACAGUGUGCUGUAUAUCUGUCAAUAAUUGGUAUUUGACUGUGUCUUCGUAAGAGCUAGUAAUUUUUCAAAAAUUGUGGUUUUCUAUCACAUAUUGGAGCUUUUAUGUUUAAAGGCCUAUGUUCUAACCUAAGGUGAUGUACAACUCGCGGAAACAUUUAAGAACAGACGAGAAAAUUUGGAAAUCAACUAAUAGAUGUAAAUGUGAAAAGGCUGACAGAAACUGUUCAUAUGCCCAAAGGGUUUCUGAGGAAUGCAAAGUUGUAUGUGUAGAUAAAAAUGAAACAACUUCCCAAAAUGAGCAAGAUGUUAAGCAAAGUUUAGGUUUACGAGUACAAGAAAUUGAUUUUUGGAGGUCUGAAUUGGAAGUUGAAUCUGAAGCUCUUGAUGCAGACAUUAACAAACUUGAACAUUACAGAAAUCGAUUGAAGCUUGCUCUGAAUGAUUGUUCUCAAUCACUUUCUGUCGUUGAACAAUGUUUGCAAUUCAGGAAAAGUCGAGAAGGCUUAGACCAAAUAUUUGAUGAGCCACAAAAGCAACUACAACAGGACGUUGAAUUGCUAACUGAAAUAAAAUUAUUGCAUAGCAGAAUGCUUGAAGAAGUUAGUGCUCAAAACAGGAAAAAUUCGUCCAUGAAGUUGUACUUGCAACACAUUAUUGAUGACAAACAGAGAUGUUUGGAAGGUGACAUACUAGCAUCUAACUUGAAUCGCACUUCUUAUUCCUUAUCACCUGGUCUGUUAUCUUUUGAUAGUCAAUCACCUUUACCAAAAUGUCAGUUUGUCACAGAAAGUGAAUGGGAAAGCAUAAUACUUCAGGCCAUACAAAAAGGAAAGAAACAUCGAAAGAAAUCUCAAGAUUUUCAUCCUUUGGUAGAAAGCAUUAUGAAGCAAACAACUAGAGACUCACAGUUGCAACAUAAAAGAGUUGUCUUAUCAUUCCAAAACAGAAUUAUGGAAACAGUGCAAGCUAAGAAACUGUUAGAGAUGCGUAUUACAAAGGUAAUAGAAGAAAUUGGAGAAAUUAGAUAUGCUCUUGCAAUACUGGAGGAAGAAGAGAAAGCUAAAAAGCCUUCCUUGAAUCUUGCUUGUCACAAACUGGAACUUCGUAAACAAUGCCAAAAUUUGGAAAUUUGUAUGGAUAAGGUUGAACUUGAGCUGGAGAAAGAAGUUUCCACUCUUCAACAAGCAGUUCAGGAACUUCACAUAAAACAUCAAGAGGCUAAAAAUAUUUUACAAAGACUGGAAGGAAAUAAAGUAGAGCUUGAAAAGGAUAUUGCAACAAAAACAAAAAGUCUUUACAUUGAUGAGAUACAAUGCUUAAGGGCAUUGGCCAGUGUUGUUAUAACAGAUCAUUGAUAUAUAGUGGUAAGAGAUAAUUUUCUUAAAGAUAAUAUUAGUUGAGUAUCUUAUAAUAAUCUUACACUUUUUUUGUAUACAAAAUGUAAGACACUUCACAUUAAAGUUGCAAUAACUUAUUUAUAGUGGCUACUUUGUAAGUGUGAAUUAACUAUAAUUUUCAUAACACCUUAGGCUUAAUAUAUUUUUUAACACUGCAUUCUUAAUUCAGUCCCUUAAGGUUUAUCAAGAAGCAUGUAAUAGUAUUUCAACCACACUAUGUUCACCAUAACAACUGUAACAAAUGGCUUAUACAAAUAGUGUUCUGUCCAAUACUAUGUUUGUUGUAUCCCAAACAGCCUCAUCAGCUCU